UAGCGUGGCGGUAAUGGUAUGAUGUCUUUUAAGAUGUGUGUCGAGCUGAGUUGUGUGUCUAGGCGUCUGUCGAGAUCGAAAAACAAAAAAUUCAGGAAACCCUUUUCUGCUAUUCGAUAGGGAUUUUGUUUGGACACUCAAUUGGAAUAGGAAUCGGAAACCCUUCACGUAUAUCUCUCUGAAUGGUCGGCGAUUAAUUGGCUAUAUCUUAUUUCAGAAAUUUUAUAGUCUUCUGAAUUUCAAUUUUCCUUGUUGGAGAUUUCCUUCUUUAGGAUCUUCCGCUGUGUAAUCGCCGGGGAAUUUUAUUUUAUUUUUUCCUGAAUUUUUCGGCGAUAAAAUCUAAUGGGUUCGACCAAUGUUCCGUCAUGGGUGAAUUCUUAUGGCCUCAUAGACUCUUCUAAUUGGUGGGAUGAUAUCAAUAAUUCACCUGUUUGGCAGGAUCGUAUCUUUCAUGUCCUCGCAGGACUAUAUGUCUUGGUUGGCGCUGUUGCUCUGAUCCAACUUAUUCGAAUAGAAUUGAGAGUUCCUGAGUAUGGUUGGACGACACAGAAGGUUUUCCACUUUCUUAACUUCUUGGUGAAUGCAGUUCGUUCAUUGGUCUUUGCAUUCCGGCGGAAUGUGCAACAGAUAAAACCCGAGAUUUUUCAACAUAUCUUGCUUGAUAUGCCAAGUCUUGCUUUCUUCACGACAUAUGCACUGUUAGUUCUGUUCUGGGCAGAGAUAUACUAUCAGGCACGUGCUGUAUCAACUGAUGGGCUUAGGCCAAGUUUCUACACUGUGAAUGCUAUUGUGUAUGGCAUCCAGAUAGUGUUGUGGUUAGUUUUGUGGUGGAAGCCCGUCCAUCUUGUGCUCAUCCUGUCCAAGAUCUUCUUUGCAGGCGUCUCAUUGUUUGCGGCCCUUGGUUUUCUUCUCUAUGGAGGGAGACUCUUCUUAAUGCUUCAACGCUUCCCUGUUGAGUCAAAAGGCCGGAGAAAGAAGUUACAGGAGGUUGGCUAUGUGACCACCAUAUGUUUCUCAUGUUUCCUAGUAAGAUGUAUCGUGAUAUGCUUCAGUGCGUUCAAUAAAGCUGCCGAUCUUGAUGUUUUGAAUCAUCCAGUACUAAACUUCAUAUACUACCUGUUGGUGGAGAUUCUACCCUCUUCUCUGGUCCUUUUCAUUUUGAGGAAGCUUCCCCCCAAACGUGGUAUCACACAGUAUCACCCCAUCCGUUGACAUGAUUGAAGAGGUUAUUUGCUGUCUGGGAAAACCUGCGAAGCAGGGACUAAUGGGUGGCUUGGUUUUGAACAAGCUCAUCUGCCCUCUUAAUUGGAGAUGCAGUCAAAGGUAGCAAGAAAUAUCUUCUGUGCAUAUAUUGGACACCACGCUCAUCUUCUAGGAUCUAAACAAAAACAAGGGCUCUGUUUCUGUCAAGUGAUGUAGAUUUGUGAAAAAGAAUAUUUUGGAAAGAAGUGUUGUGAAUUUUGAGGACCCACUUUAGUGUUACUUUUGCUUGGUUUUGUUUAUAUAUGGAUGUUACUGUGUUGGGUCCCCAAUUCUUCUAAUCUAUUGUUCUAUGCAAUGAUACCAAGCAGCAGGAUGUUUUCCUCUUCUCAAA